ACUUUACGGAAGAACAAUUUUCCACAUGGCUUCCGACUAGACUGGAGCUUAGCCGUGUGUUUGCGUUUUGGUCCGAGUGUACAAGUUUGAAAGAAGACAACACCUAAUCACGUUGCAUGCGCAGUUUGCACUUUAAAUAAGGGCUGAAAAUGGGUAAAAGUAAAACCACUAAGUUUAAACGUCCGCAGUUCAACGCAGUCGGAUUGCCGGUGAAGGAAGCGGACGCCGAGGAAGAAGACCCCGGAGAGGAUAGUUGCCCAGCUGCAGAGUUGCUGGAGAAAUUGCAGAGUCCCAGCGCCGAUGUGCGAGAGUUUGCGUGUGCCAGCAUUUCUCGGGUGGUGCAGCAGAGUCAGACCAUCCCGGUUUUCCUCCAGAGGGAUGCCGUCCGGCGCCUCGGGCCCAUGCUGCUGGACAAGAGCCUGGCCGUCAGGGAGACUGCCGCCGGGGCGCUCAGGAAUCUGAGUGCAUGCGGAGGUCAGGAGGCGUGCGAGGACAUGGUGAAGCACGACGUCAUGACUCCUCUGACAGCACUGCUUAGAGAGAGCUGUGCUGGUUUUGAGAGCGCUGCAGUGACCAUGAAAGACCAGAAGAAUGCAGUGGAGGAUGUAGCCUACGAGGCUGUGAACCUAUUGUGGAACCUAUGUGAGAGCAGCAGUCAGUCGCUGUCCGUGUUCAACAAAGCGGGUCUUCUGGAUUUGGUUGUCCAGUGUUUGGAGAGACACCCACACAACGUGGAACUGGCCAUAUCAGCUGCCCACUGUCUGCACACUGUGACUGAGGAUAACCCGGAGCUGCUGUGCGGCUUGAACGCUGCGUUGCUUGGAGUCGUGGAGAGCGUGUUGCUGACAUCUCAGCCAGACAUGGCGCACACACUCCUCAGGACAUUGGCUGCAGGGACACUGUGGAACAUGAAGGGCAGUUUGCCCGCCGCCCGACAGGCCCAGACCCUCAACGCCGUGGUGGCCACCUUGUCGCAGUGUCUGGAUCUGGACAUUGGUACACUGAUACCUGAACUCAGACAAGCAGAAGAGGUCCGUCACAGAAACGCAUCAGCUGCGGCGGGCGUAGAAGACCAGGCUGCAGGAGAGCUCGCUGUGGCGGAGAUGGACGAGGAGGAGGAAGCUCCGAAACGCAAGAGUAAUGGAAAGGCUGUGAGGGUUGAUAACGACUUCUCAGACCUUUUGCCUAGGGACAAGGAGGAGCUGAAGGAGGCAACGGCCUUGCUGACAGCCCAGCAAACGUCCUUGGAGAUCAUCGUCAACAUGUGCUGCUCUGACGACCCUUCUGACGACGAGUGGGAGGAGGAGUCGAGCAGUGACGAAAGUGACAUGGGUCCGGAUGGCCUGUGUGAUGGAGUGUCCAAUCUUAUGUCUCCACUGUGUUUGUCAGCUGAGGUGCACGAGGCCUUGAUCCAACACAGCAUCCCAGAAAAGGUCCUCAAGAAUACUGAGUUCCCCAAGAAGGAAGCUAUGGAUGUGUGCCAACAGAUUCCCUCCUGGAGAGGCCUGAUAAAAAAGAUACAGCGGGUGCAGUCCCGGGCACUGACGUGCCUCCAUAGCAUCCUCUCCACAAUGGACCCCGAGUCUCUCGGAGGAGCAGCAGCCCUGCAGGCAGCAGCACAGCACCUUUCCACGCUGGUUUUUGGUGCAGCAGAGAUACCCAAAGACGAGGAGUUCCUGGAGGCCGUCAUAAGCGCCAUGCGGUCUCUUUUACAAAUGAUUGCCUCCAAAAAUAUCCCCCAGUGUAUGACCCCCCCGCAGCUGAUGAGUCUGAGCGAAGCUGCCACCCGCUGCGAUGUUGUCAGUGUCAGAGUCAACGCCGUCGCCAUUUUGGGUAUCACUGGCAGCACAUUAGCCAAAGAGAAAGGCACUGCUGAAACCCUUCAGAUGAUUGGAAACGCCUUACUUCAAGUUGCCACAAAGGACACCAACUUAGUUGUGAACGGAGAAGCCCUGGACGCCUUGUUGGAUGUUUUUGCAGAUGGCGACGAGGCAGAGACGGCUUGCAAACACAUCCAGUUGCUACCAGCACUGAAGGCAUUUCAGCCGGUGUUCAAGGCCAAGAUUCGUAAAGAAGGAAGAGGCAAGUAUAGCCCCCAACAGCUAUGUGUGCUAGACAACAUCAAAGUCAACCUGAGAAGAUUCAUUGGUUAUCUGGAGAAGGUGGUGAAAAAAUAACAAUUGGACAUGUUCAACAAGUUGAACCUGUCUGCUUUGGACAGAUACGCUAACAGGAAGUGGUUGUGGAACCAUCAAGUAUUUAUUUUAUCCUGGUAGUAUACCAUAUGUUUUUGCUCUGUUUUCAAAGUUUGCAUUCUCUAAAUAAUGAUUUACUAUUGUACUUGAUGUGAAAUUGUAUUUGUUGUUGAGAAAAAUGAGUAGAAAAUCAGAUAUUCGUUAGUAGUUACUGCAAGUUGCAGUAAAGAGUCUUUUUUUGCUCACUUAAUUGAUGUGCAUAAUUUUACCCAAAAUGGUCGUCGAACUUUAAUUUGCAUAAUUUCAUGUACCUCUUUGACAUUUUGAAUCAGCUGUGGAGAGCUGACACCAGGUUUUCGAUAUACGUGCCCUUGAUUUUUUUCCCAUGGUUCAAAUUUCAGUUUGCAGUUCUACUUCAAGAGGUGGAGCUGUUGAACAUAACAGGCCCUUUUAAAGGAAGGAUUGUAGUGUCAGCUAUUUCAUGAAAAAGAGAAGAUUUUUGUGUUAUGGAUAUUGUAUAAUAGAAUCAUAAUUUAGUUGGGAAAGAAAUUGGCUUGCUUCAAGUGAAACACAAUCAAACUUACUUUUAAUUUCACUAACAUACACUGCCAAGGUUGUGAUAACAUUAAAAUAUAUUAGGACAGACAUAUUAGCCUUAAGAAAUAUGCGCAUAUUCUUUACCUCUGUCACUCUGAGGCCCCUAUACUUCCCCUCUGUUGCAUUAAUUGCAAACUCGGACAGUGGUGACUUGCGGUGGUACUUUUGUGACUUCCUCUGUCUGCAAGUCACAUUCUGCUUUCUACUGGAAAAUAGAUUGGGUUUCACUAACACCAAUAAUUGAGAUUACUUUUCUACAACUGUGCAGGUUUGAAAAAUGGCGAUCCAGUAUAGUGCCAUCUAUUCAUCCAUAGUUAAUCAUGCUUUGAGUAGCUGAAAAAGUCAACGUAUUAGGCAGUAAGUGGUACAGAUUGAAUGAUGACUUGCACCCAUUCAAAUGAAAAUGUCCAAAAUAAACUGAUAGCUCUUGUGUUGUAAGAGCCAGGCACAGCUUCUUUGGGUUCCCACAACUUUUCAGGGAAAUGUUGAUCAAAUUGCAUGUAAUUAAGAACAAUUUCAAGAUCAAUUUAAGGGAGAUUGUCAUCAGGCUGUGAAUAAAGGCCUUUUAAAAAAUAAAUACUUCAGCAUGUCAU